UUUCAAUAUGGCGUCUUCCACUGAACUCGGAAUUGCAAAAAACAAACUAACCGAGUUUUUGGGUGAUAAUUCAAAGAUAUAUUUUUCUAUCAUGAAGCAGUGGUUUAAAGAAAAGAUAUCUAAGGAGGAGUUUGACAUGGAGGCACGGAAGUUAUUCACACCCAACAAGGAACACUUGCACAAUGAAUUUCUGUUAGCAAUCCUUAACCGAUGCCAAAUUCCUGGACUUCAACCUAUUUCCCAAGAAAGUUCUGCAACUUCUGCACCGAAAAAACCUCUGCACAAAGUCAUGACGAAAAAAGAAAAGGCAAAGAAAAGGUCAAAAGCUGCCAGGGCAAGUUUCGAGCAUCGGUUUGCUGCUGAGCCACCUCUUCGGUACACACCGCAAGUCGUACAGAAAGAAGUGCACAGGGAGGAGAGCCUCGGAUUUUGCUCCAGAGAUCUGACGCUGCCGGACGUGUCGAUGUUGCAUGGCCGGAUGUUCGUCAUCGCGUGGGAAAUGGGUCUUGAGGAGGUGGAGGAGGGUGCGAUCAAAUCAGUCCAGCUAGCAACCGAGGCGAUGUUGAAAAACAUUCUGAGUGCUUUAUUGAGCAGAAGAAAUGCCUACAAAAUUAGAGACGGAGGCUUUAAAUUUGCCUUGGGUUGUGAUGUCCCGAACCCAUACUUGAGAAACACACGACAUGUGUAUGACUAUGACACCGAUAGUAAUGUGACAUUCUCCAACCAGGGAGUGCAAAUGGCAUCUGCCAGACCUACCAGGGAGAUGGGGGAGGAGGAAGCAAUCUACCAGGUUGCCUGUGGAGGAGGCUUGGCCCCGGCCAAGCCUCCGAUUACCACAUACGACCUGCUGGAAACACUACAGGCAUGUGUGUGUGUGUGCGCGUGCGUGCAUGUGUGGGUGUGUGCAACCCCUCGGAACCCCGCGUCGCCCUCGGAACCCCGCGACGCCCUUGGAACCCGCGUGUCACUCUCUGAAUCUUUAGUGGAAAUGUCUGUAGCAGUAAUGAGCCGAUUGGGAUGA